GCUCUAACCGAAAAUUGGGAAAGAAAAAUGGCGCGUUCCGGCACGAACCUGGCGCAGUGUAAUAUCGACCGCUGAAACGUGAUGGCGCUUGUGGCACGCGUGAUGGAACCGAUCGUUGAAACCCGCGCCCUGAUUGGGUCGGCGGUGGAGCAACGGUGGAACGCACUGCUGGACGUCAUCGGUGACGAUCCCGAUUUUCUCUACACGUGGGGACUGACCGUGUAUGUGCACUCGUUUUUCUGGAUCGUCGGCGGGCUGUUUGUGCUGAUGGAUCUGACCAACCGGCCGGUGUUCCUGCGUCGCUACAAGACGCAACCGGGCAAGAAUGAGCCGAUCGCCUGGCCGGAUUUGCUGCGUGUCAUGCGGACCAUCCUCUUCAAUCAAACGGUCGUCGGCAUACCGCUGACGCUUGUCGGCUACCACGCAACAAUCAAGGGCAGCGUGCCGGACGUCCGCACCCUGCCAUCGGUCGACGAGAUCGUGCGCGAUCUGCUGGUGUGUGUGUUUUUUGCCGAGGUCGGGUUCUACUAUGUGCAUCGCUUCCUGCACAUUAAGCCACUGUACCGGCUGGUGCACAAGAAGCACCACGAAUGGACGGCCCCGUUCGCCUGGACCGCGAUGUACUGCCAUCCGAUCGAGCACAUCAUCAGCAACAUGGUGCCGCCAAUGAUCGGAAUACAGCUGAUGAAGGCGCACGUCUUCACUACCGCAAUUUGGUUCCCGCUCGUCAUCUUCAACACGAUACGCGACCAUUGCGGCUACCAUCUGCCAUUCUUUCCCAGCUCCGAGUAUCAUGACUACCAUCAUGCGAAAUUCACGGAGUGCUUCGGGACGUUCGGGUACCUAGACUGGCUGCAUGGGACGGACACCAAGUUUCGGAAGUCGAAGCAACACCAGCGCCACCGGACACUGUGGGGCAUCAAGUCGGCACGGGAGCUGUUCCCGGACAGUUGAGUGUCCCCGCCAUCUGGCAAGAACCACAGCCACAUACACAUACACAGCACAGUCUGCCCUCUACUCUACACCCAAGUGCCUAGCAAUGAUAAGUAUCGAAUAAAUACGUUUGUAAGCUGACAUAUCCUGCUGUGAAUAGUAACGUAUCAAUCUCGUUAGAAUUACGGAAAAGCAAUGGCGAAAUAGGAAUUUCGCCACAAUUCGGUCGGUGUGCCACCCAUGCGCCGGGAGGCUCUUAUCAAUCGCGCAUGUUAAUUUAAAUCAAACCGUUAAUCCAACAUGGGCUUGCGCUGCUUUUGCCUGCGGAGGCAUCGUUGUGCAAUAGAGUUUUGCUGCUAUCGUUGCGAUAGUACCAGAUUAUUGUGGAUUAGAAAACGGAGGGCUUUUAUUAGAUUCCGAUUCUGCCAAUAUUCCGACCGUUUCCAUUGGACCAUGGACGUUUAGUGUCAGAGUGAGCCUAGAGAGGCCGUAGAGAAUUCUGGUACAUUCUUUUGUGUUGACCAUCGCCAAUCGAUUCAACAAGUAAUAUCACUUUGCGUGAUAUAAUUCCUGCGGUGAUGAGCUCCAGGACUAUGCUAAUGGAAAGUGCCAAGCUUUUCCUUGCUACAUGGCAACUGUACAGAGGUAACACGAACAGAGCAGAUCCAAAUCUCCAAAAGUGGUUAAUGUAGGGAGAUGCAAAACAAAAUCUAGAACAGUGGCCAAAAGUAGAAUCUGUGGAGGCGAUUUGAUCCUGUAAAGGGCAUACGGUUGAAUUGCACUACCGACGACAGUACCACAAGACUGGCCCGACAAUUUGACAGGGGUUUUCUGCAACCGCAGGAUUUCUUCAGCAUGAUUUUCAACAAUUAUCGAGCUGGAUUGAGUUUGAAAGUUCUUUGUGAUGUGUUGAAAAUCAUGUGUAAAAACUCAAAUUUCAUCAUGAAGCAAAUACACUAUUUGAUAGUUGUUGAAAAACAUCUUGGAGAAUAAUUACAGGGUUUCCAAGUCACCUUCGAGUGCAACUAUUGUUACUCACCGCUUGCAACAUGUUGAUCCACAUCAAUCUGAUAUUUCAUCUCC